UUCUGUCUUCUCAAUUUCCCCCCUUUUUCUCAACUCUUUGCGUGUCUUCAAUUACGAAAUUACUUGAGCCUGUUCUUUUUGUUUAUUUUUUUUUGCGAGUUUGACCACGGAGCCAGUUUUUAGAAAAGCUACGCAUAAUCAGCCCAGGACAUUUCAACCAAACUCACAUCUCUGUCGCAUUUACUUUUUUCCCUUUACUUUUUUUUUUAAAUUACCGAGUUUUCCUUCUCCUACACAAUGCCAGUGCCACUAGCAGCAGCAGCAGCGGUGACGUAUCCGCCACAGAAGCACCAGCAGGACAUGCCACACGGCCCACUAAAAAGCACAAGCGAGUGCGCGCAAGAGGAGGCACAAGCGGUACUCGACUCACUGUUUACGCACGCAACCACCGGCCUAACAUCCCUAAGCGUGCAGCAGCGGCAGCGCGUAUACGGCAAGAAUGCACUGGAGGGGGGCGAGGAAGAGAACAUAUUUGUAAAGUUUAUCAAGAGCAUCGUAACCAACUCAAUGGUGAUGCUUCUAUUCGGGUCAGCCGGCGUAUCAGUUCUCGUAGGCAAUCUGGACGAUGCCUUUAGCAUUACACUGGCCAUUCUGAUAGUGUCCACUGUGGGGUUCGUGCAGGAGUAUCGGUCGGAGAAGUCGCUGGAGGCUUUGGCGUCGCUGGUGCCCAAUUUCUGCCACGUCGUGCGCGACGGCGAGUCCGUUCGCCUGCUGGCCGAUCACCUGGUUCCUGGCGACAUUGUCCGCUUCGUUACCGGCGACCGGAUCCCCGCGGAUGUGCGCAUUGUGAGCGCCAACCAUUUGGAGAUCGACGAGUCAGCGCUGACCGGCGAGAGCGAGGCCCUGGCCAAGUCCGCCGACCGCGUGCACUCGCAGGUGUACGAGCUGAGCUUCUCCGAGCGGUGCAACAUUGCAUUUAUGGGCACGCUGGUGCGCAACGGCCACGGCACUGGCGUCGUCGUGCGCAUUGGGUCGAUGACCGAGUUUGGCCACAUCCACGAGAUGAUGCGCGACAUCGAGGUGCCGCGCACGCCGCUGCAGCGCGACAUGGAUAAGCUCGGUCAGCAGCUCUCGCUGGUGUCGUUCUGCGCCAUUGGCUUUAUCUUUUGCAUCGGCGUCUUGCAGGGCAAGGGGUGGCUCGAGAUGUUUACCAUUGGCGUAUCGCUGGCUGUGGCUGCCAUUCCCGAGGGCUUGCCUAUUGUCGUGACGGUGACGCUAGCACUGGGAGUUUUUAAGAUGGCUAAGCGCAAGGCUAUUUGUCGCAAACUGCCGUCGGUCGAGACUCUUGGUGCUGUCAAUGUGGUUUGUGCGGACAAGACCGGCACGCUGACACUCAACCGCAUGGAGGUCGAGUACCUGUACACGCCGGCUGACGGCCUGACCACGGUGCGCGCCGAUACGCUGUCGGGAAUUGCCCAGACGCGCUCGCUUCAGCAGCUCCUGCGCACCGGCAACAUGUGCAAUAACGCGACGACCGACGAUCGCGGAGCCUUCAUCGGCCAGUCGACGGACAUUGCCAUUCUCAACGCUGUUAUGCGUAUCAGACACUUUGACGAACGCGAGCGUAUUGAGCGCCUGGCUGAGGUGCCGUUCAACUCGGAGACCAAGUUCAUGCAGGUCGAGGUUUCGGCCGACAACGACGCGGCCGCUCCGCAGCUGCCGGGCACCAAGCGCAAUGUCAUCUACAUGAAGGGUGCGUUGGAGACCAUCAUGGAGCGAUGCAAGCUGUAUUUUGGCGCCAAUGGCAGCGCCAAUCCGAUCACCAAGGCGGUCACCGAGGGUAUUGUGACGCACGCCGAUCAACUCUCGCUGCGCGGUCUGCGUGUUGUUGCCGCGGCAUUUGGCGUCGAAGGACAGAUGGUCUUUGCAGGGCUUUUUGUCAUGCAUGAUCCGCCACGCGACGGCGUUAACUUGACGAUUGCGCGGCUGAUGAGUGCUGGUGUGCGCACGGUUAUGAUCACAGGCGACAGCGAGACCACUGCAGUGUCAGUUGCCCGCAGUAUUGGGAUUCCGGUUCUGGGCGACCACCGCGGCUGCAUGCUGGGAUCGCAGCUGGACUGUAUUGGCGACUUGGAGCUGGCUGAGAAUAUACGUGAGGUGUCUGUGUUUGCACGGGCGACGCCCAAGCACAAGGUACGCAUUGUGCGCGCGCUGCAGCAGGCUGGCGAUGUUGUGGCGAUGACUGGGGACGGCGUCAAUGAUGCGCCGGCGCUGAAGCUUGCGGACAUUGGUAUUUCCAUGGGCGAGAACGCGACGGAUGUGGCCAAGGAGGCAGCGGAUGUUGUUUUGGUCAACGAUGACCUGUCGACUAUUCUGUCAGCGAUUGAGGAGGGGAAGAGCAUCUUUAGUAAUAUUCGCAACUUCGUCACGUUCCAGCUCAGCACGAGCGUCGCUGCGCUGACUUUGGUGGCUCUGUCGACUAUAAUUGGCCUGCCGCAGCCGCUGAAUGCCAUGCAAGUCCUGUGGAUCAACAUUCUGAUGGAUGGUCCGCCUGCUCAGUCGCUGGGCGUCGAGCCUGUGGAUCCCGAGGUCAUGAAGCAGCCUCCGCGCCCGAAAAACGCAAACAUAAUCACUCGUCCUCUCGUCACCCGCGUUCUCACCGCUGCCGCCCUUAUUGUCACCGGAACCAUGGCAGUUUACGUCUCCGAAAUGCAAGAUGGCGCGGUCACAGCUCGGGACACUAGCAUGACAUUUACAACAUUCGUGUGCUUUGAUAUGUUCAAUGCGCUGACAUGCCGCUCAGCCCGCCGCUCAGUGUUUGAUUUCGGAAUAUUCAGCAAUACAGCCUUUAACUUUGCUGUCGCUGGCUCGCUCAUCGGCCAGCUAGGCGUCAUUUACCUUCCGUUUUUGCAGCGGGUGUUCCAGACUGAGGCCCUGGGCUUGCUGGACAUUCUCAAGAUCAUCACCCUGUCGUCUUCUGUCCUGUGGGUCGACGAGGCAUUCAAGUGGUGGGAAGCCAGGAAGCACGAAGAUACCACCGAGGACAUCCAAAUGAUGAACGUCUAGAAUAUAUAUAUUUUCUAUUUUUGAUUGUGACGUAAUUUUUACAUCAUAGCUGUGCUAGUUUUGUGUGCCUUCCCCGCUUAAUAUUCAAUAUUCAAAAAGGGAAGGAAGGGAGGAAGGGAUUGUCCGGAAAUGCGCACAACCACUUUCAAUGAACAAAAGGAAUUAAG